AUUCUGGAAAUUCCUUGCAUUUUCUCAUCGAAAAAACACGUCAAAAUUUAAUCAAAGCAGAAAACUCUAAAAAUAUUAAAGUUUCCAUGCCACGACGGGUAGGAAUGAUAUAAAAAUCCAAUAAAGUUGUUAAGUGUAUUACUGGUAGUGUCGAGCAGUGCCCUUAGCGCAACAAAAACAUACUUUUCUAGUAAAUUCCUUUAACUGAACGCUGUCAAAUAUCAAUUAGCAGAAAGGCUUAUACAAAUAUUAAUAAAAGUGCAAUUCUACAAAGUAUAAUGUCCAAUUCAAGCGCAGGACCUACAAAACAGGAUAUUGAAGCAGUCUUUCAUCGACUACGUUCACAACCUGCCAAUAAAGCUUGCUUUGAUUGCUCGGCGAAGGCGCCCACUUGGUCUUCCGUUACGUAUGGUAUUUUUAUAUGCAUCGAUUGCUCUGCAGUACAUCGCAACUUGGGUGUCCACUUAACCUUUGUACGCUCAACAAACCUUGAUACUAACUGGACUUGGGUGCAGCUACGUCAAAUGCAACUAGGUGGUAAUGCAAAUGCGGCACAGUUCUUCCGUCAACAUAACUGUAACACCACCGAUGCCCAGCAAAAAUACAAUUCGCGUGCAGCUCAAUUAUAUCGCGACAAGUUGGCAGCUUUGGCACAACAGGCUAUGAAAGUGCACGGCACAAAGUUACAUUUGGAGAAUACCGCAGAUAAGGCCGAUGGAAAUGAGUCAAAAACCACCACUGAUGCCGAAGAAGAUUUCUUUGCUGAGUGCACUAAUGACAACAAUAAGAAAACGUUGUUCGACAACAAUAACAGUGAACUGGAAGUGAAGCUGGAUAUUAUUACCAAAACUGCCACUCCAACGCUCUCUAAAGACAAAGCAUCCACUGAAAACAUUAGUGCAGGUGCACCGAGUGUAGAUUUUCUAAAUUCCGUUGUACCACCGCCGGCUGUUGCACCUUCAAUAGGUGUGCGCAAGAUACAGCCAAAGAAAUCUGGUUUGGGCGCGCGCAAAGGUGGCCUCGGUGCUACCAAAGUAAAGACGAAUUUUGCUGAAAUCGAACAACGUGCAAACCUAGCUAAUCAAUGCAAGGAGGCGCCAGUAGUAUCCGAUAAGCCACAAACUAUUGAAGAGCAGAUCGAAUCAGUGGCUACCAUGCGUUUGGCAUAUAAGGAUUUGUCAUUGCAAAAGACACGAGAGGAAGAGAAACUAAAAUCGGUGGAUCCAGCUAAGGCAAAGCAAAUGGAGCGUCUUGGAAUGGGUUUCAGUUUGCGCGGGUCGGAUAUUUCGCAUUCAGCACUUAGCGACAUGGAGACCAUACAGCAAACAUCUGCACCGAAGACUCAGGCCAAAAUGUCUAACUUUGUCCGUAAUGAGGAAUUGGCUGAUAUAGAUAAUGUGCUAAGUGACUAUUCGAGCCAUUUAUAUAUCGAUAAUGUGGGUGCGCGUGGCAAUGGUGGUGUGAAAAGUUCGAAACUGGAUAAAAGUGAAUUGGAAAUGAUGGGCUUUGAGGCAAUUGAACCGAUUGGUGGUGGACAUUCCAAUAUUACAUCAAUGUUUGCUGGCGCUGAUGGUGAUGCUAAGCAAAAGCCACCUGCAAAGAGCACAACGUCUCGGAGCAGCGAGAGUAGCUCGCAGAAAACUGCAAAUAAAUCCAAAAGCAUGACUUUCGAUGAAACUUCGGCACAACAGAAAUUCGGUAGUGCUAAAGGUUUCGGUUCGGAUCAGUUUUUUGCUAAUGACCCGAGCAAAAGCGAGCGAAGGAAAGCCAACCUGACGCGUUUUCAAAACUCUGAUAGCAUAUCCUCAUCGGAGUACUUCGGCAGAAAUGAACAAGGCAAUGGCGUACGUGGGCAAGGAUCGCGCGACGCCGCCGCUGUGGUUUUCCAAGCGCCCGACUUGGACGAUGUUAAAGAGAGCGUGCGACAAGGUGUGCACAAGGUUGCUGGUCGCCUAAGUUCGAUUGCAAAUGAUGUCAUGUCAUCGAUUCAAGACAAAUAUGGCUACUGAUCGAAAGUGUUGUUGCGUUUUGUAUCUAGGCGCACUUUCCAUUUGCUAUGCAUAGUUAAUAAUUGCAUUUGAAAGCGUAUAUUAUUGUUCAAAUUCAACGGAAACAAAAAUAAAUCAAUUAUAGGCAUACAAAAUUGCUAGAAAACUAAUAAAAGCAUAUAAAAUAAAUAAACUACAGCAAGGCAAAUAGUUUUCUAUAAAUAUUCAGAAAAGAAAUUAUAAACUCACACAACUCAAUUUACGAAACAAAGAUAUUCAAACGCUGCAGGGCACGUGUAUAGUUAGCUUUGCGCCAUUUCACGUUGUUGUUUUUCAUAAUUCUCAUGAAGUUGUUUCCAAUUAUUUUGCCAUACACUCUUACUGAUUUUUCCGAAACUGUUUACUUAUUUUCAUAUAAGUAUACAAAUCUACGCGCUCGUUUUACCGUUAUAUUAAACUUUUGUAUCACAACCGUUGCUUUUACCGUUAUUUUAAAGAUUGUUAUCAUUACUGAAGUAGUAAUUGGCGCUAUUUUUUCAUUGUAUGUAUGUAUUUAGCUGGUUAACAACGCAUUGUAGAGAACACCAUUAGGGAAUAAGUGGAAAUAUGUAUGUAUAAUCAAUUGUAUAAAUAAAAAGGUUUUAAAUUUCCAAAUA